AUAUCACGCCGCAAAAUCUUUCGCAUUGAUCAGUAACUGAUCUCAUCAAAGCCAGCCAGCCAGCCAGCCAGCAAAAUUCCCUUCUCUCCCGCUGCGCCAAAGAAAGCAGCAAAAGAUGGUCAGAUCGAGAAUGCAGAGGAAGAGCCGCAGGAGAGGAAAAACGAAAGAAAAGAAAGGCCAAACACCAGGUCACGAAGACCAAGCAGCAGAAGAAGAACCAAAAAAAGAAAAAUCAGUCGCGGACUCGGCGCCUGCCUUUAAUUUGCGCCUUCUUCUUCUGAACUCCUAUAAAUACCACCGCUGGAUCCAGCAUCUUUCUUCAGAAACAAUCGCUGCUGCCGUUGCUGCUCUCUAUUCUGAACUCUGUAGUCUGUAGUCUGCAGGCGCCAUGGCAGAUGAUCCCAAGCACGGCGUGGAGCAGCUGGCCGAGGUCGCCGCCAGGCCGCUCGGGCGGUGGCCGGUGCUGUCGUACGGCGUCGGCCACAUGCUGAACGACAUCACCUCCGCCUGCUGGUUCACCUACCUCCUGCUCUUCCUGCAGGAAAUCGGCCUCGCUCCAAGGGACGCGGCUAUCGUGAUGCUCUCCGGCCAGGUCGCGGACGGGCUGAUGACCAUUGUCGCAGGCGAGAUGAUUGACCGGUUUGGGCGUUUCAAGCUGUGGCACAUCGGAGGCUCUGUCCUGGUCGGCGUCUCCUUCUCCUCCGUCUUCGGCGGAUGCCUGCUCUGCACCAUCCUCGGCACCGACUCUUACCUUCUAAAGACCAUCGGCUACAGCUUCUUCGCCGCCGUGUUCAACGUCGGCUGGGCGGCCACACAAGUUUCCCACAUGUCCAUGGUGAACUGCAUGACAUCGAAUCCGACAAGCCGGGUGGCGUUGGCGAGCUGCAGAAAUGCGUCCACUAUGGUGGCAAACCUUGGUUUAUAUGGGAUCGCGUUAGCUGUCUUUGGUGCAGUGAAGGCGAAAUCAUGCACAGACAUUGUCCUUCAGUACCGAUGGAUCGCGUACGUUUCCAUCUUCGUAGGAUGCUGCUUCCUGGUGCUGUUCCAUGUUGGGACAAAGGAACCAACAUUGAAAUCUGAGCCUAACUGCAAGAAGCGGGCUCGGAUUGCCUGGAGCUACUGGUUCAAGAAGACCCUGUACUACCAAGUCGCUCUCCUGUACAUGCUCGCGAGACUGAUCACAAACGUCUCCCAGUCGCUCAUCGCGUUCUACGUCACCAGAGACCUGAAAAUGAACGAAUACUCGAAAGCAAUCAUUCCAGGGAUCAUAUUCUGCUGCAGCUUCUUCGUGUCCAUCGUGCUCCAGGAGAUGAAGUGGAACAGCCGGCGCCUCAAGUCGCUGCUGGCGAUCGGGGCGACGCUGUGGGUGAUCUCCGGCGCGGCGGUGUUCGUGCUCCCGGGCGAGAUGCGGAACCUGAUGUACCCGCUGGCCAUGGUGAUCGGCGCCGCCAACGCGCUGGUGAUGGUGACGACGAUCGGGCUGGAGAGCGCGCUGGUCGGGGAGGACCUCAACGGCUGCGCCUUCGUCUACGGCUCGCUGAGCUUCCUCGACAAGAUGUCCUGCGGGGUGGCACUCUUCGUGCUCGAGUCGUAUGAUGUCGGGCCCGGCUGCGGCGCCGGGGCCAGGGGGCUCAACACGGCCAGCCGCUACGGCGCCGGGCUCAUCCCGUCGUGCUGGGCCGUGCUCACGCUGGUGGUCGUGUCCACGCUCAGGCUGCGGGACGACGACGCCGGUGAGGACAUGAGAGACGGAGGGAGAGCGUCUGCCGCGCUGGAAGCUCCGCUGCUUGUCUGAAGUCUCUGAAGCUUCGUUCAUCCGUGGCUGGCUCUGUAUGUACUGCAUCAGGAAGGAGAUGUGGAAAAUCCUUUUUCAAUUAGGUUUGAAAAGGAAAGUGAUAAAUUUUAUUAGAGCUGCACUUUCCAAUUAGAUUUGGGAGGAGGCUUCUCUCUGUACUAGCCGUCGUGUUCGUCGUUCAUAGUUUUACCUCAGGUUUUCAGUGGGCAAUGAGUUUCGAGUUGUUUCCAGCGUCGUUUGGGCCACGCGUGUAUUUCUCUCUCAAAAAAGUUUCUCGUGUUC